AUGCUUGGUUUGGGAUCAUGGGAGUCCGCGGUGGAGGCGGCGGAGGACACCAAACGCAAAAAAGGCGGCGGAUUCCAAACCUUCGGACUCGGCAAGCCGUUGCUCGACGCGAUUCAAAAGCAGGGCUUUACGGUCCCAACCCCCAUCCAACGAAAGGCGAUCCCGCCGAUGUUGCAAGGGAGCGACGUCGUCGCGAUGGCGCGGACGGGGUCGGGCAAAACCGCGGCCUUUUUAAUCCCGAUGCUGCAUCGCCUUGGGGCGCACGCGAAGGUGGUGGGGAUUCGCGGCCUCAUCCUCUCCCCCACGCGGGAGCUUAGCCUUCAGAUCCUCCGCCACGCCUUCGCCCUAAACACGGGGAUGGACCUCCAAUUCGCCGCCCUCGUCGGCGGCGCGGCGUUGGAGCGGCAGUUCGAACUCCUCGCGGCGAACCCCGACGUCGUGAUCGCCACCCCGGGGCGUCUUCUGCACAUCAUCGAGGAGGCCUCGAUUCAGCUCACGAUGGUGCGUUGCAUCGUCCUCGACGAGGCGGAUCGGCUUUUUGAGCUCGGCUUGCAACCCCAGAUUGUGAGUAUUAUGCAUCGCAUCCCGGACUCCGCACAGCGCGCGCUCUUCUCCGCGACGAUGCCGAGCGUCCUCGCAGAGUUCACCAGUGCGGGGCUGCACAACCCAAUCGUGAUUCGCCUCGACGCAGAGAUGAAGCUGAGCGAGAAGUUAACGCAAAGCGCGUUUUUUGUUCGCCAGGAUGAAAAGGUCGCGGCGCUGAUUGUGUUGCUCAAACGCGUAAUCAAGGUCGGCGAGGCGGACGGGGAGGAGGGAGCGCAGGCUCUGAUCUUCGUCGAGUCCAAAUUUCACGUAGAUUUUCUCCAGCUCGUGUUGCAGCACUACAUGAUCUCGCACAGCGCGAUUCAUGGGCAGAUGGAUCAGGAGGCGAGGCGCCUCGCCGUGCGGGAUUUCGCGCGACGAAACACAUCCGUGAUGGUCGUUACCGACGUCGCCGCGCGCGGGCUCGACCUUCCGCUCCUUGAUAACGUCAUCAACUUCAGUUUUCCAUCGACGCCGAAGCUUUUUGUGCAUCGGGUGGGUCGUGUGGCGCGCGCCGGGCGUUCCGGAACGGCCUAUUCGAUCCUCACCUUUGAGGAUUUCCCUUAUUACGUCGAUCUCAUGCACUUCUUGGAUAAACCCCUGCAGUGUCGGCCGGUGGAAGGGGAUCUGCUGUUUGACCCUAAGGACGGCUGUUAUGGUCGUCUUCCCGAGGAGGACAUCCAACUCGAGCUGGACUUUCUUCGACGUCUGCAUCGCGACGACGUGGAGGUGCGGAACCUCGCCAAGGUAGUGGAGAAUGCCCACAAAAAGUAUAUCCGCACGCGGCGAAAACCCACCCAUGAGGCCAUUCAAGAGGCCCGUAAGCCGGAGUACGGCUUUGAUCAAACCCCUUUGCAUCCGAUGAUGCUCACCAGCCUCGAUCAGCGCCGCGUCGCCGCCGAUCAGGCCCGUUUCGACCUCAAACGAUUUAAAUCCAACGAGUCCGUGUUGGAGCUCGUCUCCGGGGAGAAGAUGUUUCGCAUCGAGAAGCCUGCGACGUUUCAAAAUCGCUCGGGGUUGUCCGCGGGGGCGGGGGGGAGAGAGGGAAAAAGGGGGGCUGCGCUCUCAAUGGGGCCUCCCGAACCCCCUUCCGCUCCUCUCAGCUUUGCCGAUCGGAUGUUGCUUCGCGCGCAGGAGCGGAAGAAACGCGAGCGGGCGGGGCUGGAGAUGCCCGGCGGCGGCGUGGCCGCCUCACCCUCCUGCGAGGUCGUUGUGCAGGCUCGAAUGGUGCCAUUAAGCACCGAAAGCGGCUCGCUUGAAUCGGGAAAGUAUCGCGAUUCCGACUUUUUCAUGAACAGCGUGCGGCGGGAGACGGUCGACGACGUGCACUGCUCCGUGCGCAACGCGGUUUUGGAUAUCAACGCCGAAACGACCGCCGACGAGGAGCAUCAGCGGCAGGUGUUCGCCUGGAGUAAGAAGAAGAAUCGCUACGUGAAGAUGCACGUCAACGACGCCAAAGCGUUGCUGAAGGGCGUCAAGAAUGAGGCAGGGAAGGCGAUUAACUACAAGACCAAGCUUCAGGCCUAUAGCAAGUGGAUGAAGAAGAGCAACAUGCGGAUCCAGGACGCCGGGGAGGAGGAGGAUCUCGGCCCGUUGAAGAGGGCGCGCGCCGCCAACGGAGAGGCAUCCCAAAGUGGCGGUGGCGAAGAUGAAAAUGACGAGGACUACGUAGAUAUCAGCGAUCCGAACCAAGGCAAGAAACUUCGCAUUGGGCGCAAGCAGAAACGACUGCCGAAGGACGGUCAUGUGCGUACUUUCGAAGAAAUGGCCACCAUGAAACGGAAAUUAGCGAAGGAAAAGGCCAGAAUAUCGAGGAAAGUAAAGGCGAAGAAAGGAAAGUGA